GUCAGCCUGUCUCCAAAAAGAAAUCGAAAACAAUCCCGUCUGACAAAGAGAAAUACAAACAAGAGAUAUUUUACGCCGUGUGCGACCUGCUAGGUGCCAUUCUACCAGUCUCUGCGAAAACUGUAGGUAUCGAAGAAAAGAUGGUCUCGCCAGUCACAGUGGUGAAGAGCGAGGGUCCCAAGCUGGUCCCCUUCUUUAAGGCCACCUGUGUGUACUUUGUCCUGUGGCUACCUACCUCCACCCCAUCCUGGUUCAGCGCCCUCAUCAAGUGUUUGCCCAUCUUCUGCCUGUGGGUGUUCCUGCUGGCUCACGGCUUCGGCUUCUUGAGUGACCACGCCAGUGCUCGCAAGAUCCUGGCUGGCCUCAUCUUCUCCUCCUUGGGGGACGCCUUUCUGAUCUGGCAGGAGCAAGGAUACUUCAGCCAUGGUCUGCUGAUGUUCGCCAUCACCCACAUCCUGUACUCCUCCGCCUUUGGGAUGAAGCCCCUGAAUCUGCGCGCAGGCCUGGUCAUCGGGGCCACGUCCGCCCUCAGCUACACCCUGCUCUACCCCUACCUGUCUGGGCCCUUCACCUACCUGGUGGCCGUCUACAUCGCUCUCAUAGGCUUCAUGGGCUGGAGGGCCAUCGCCGGCGUCCAGCUGGCUAACGACCUGUGGACCUGGACCAAGCUGUCUGCCUGCCUGGGCUCGGUGCUCUUCAUCGUGUCCGACCUCACCAUCGCCGUCAACAAGUUCUGCUUUCCCGUCCCAUACUCGCGCGCCAUCAUCAUGGCCACCUACUACGCCGCCCAGAUGUUGAUCGCGCUGUCCGCCGUCGAGUGCCAGGACGCGGAGGCGGCCCGGAAGAGGGCGUGAGGGACGGCGCCGUCCGCGAUCACUUUGAGGAACCCUCACAAGGCGCCUGCCCCUUGUGAUUCUGGAAAGAGCCCACCUCCAGACCUCCAGACCCCCUCCUUUAUUCUAGUGUGGUAGUUCCACACCUUACGCACGGUAGUCCCCUUCACAACCCCCCUCUGACCCCAUACUGACCCCACUCCCCUGCUGCGGCCAGUAGGUGGUCUCACAACCUUGUUACCAUGACGAAUAGUACACAAACAACCCAAUCCCACUCGUCUCCAACUUCAAUAUUGAGACGGUAUUGUUGUUUUUCCUUGUAGGGGAAGAUUCAUAGGGAGUAGUGUCAGAGAGUAGGCAGGUGUGAUAUGUGAGGUCACAGAAUGCAGAUUGACCAUUCUCAAGACGUACACCCUUUGCCUGCCUCCUUCAUGCGGUCCAAUAUUGCAACUUCAAACGCGUGUAGUUUUCUUUUGACAACCUACAUAUUAUUCUAUGUCUGGCAAAAAGGGAGUUGUUUGGGGGUGGCUGUCAGUGACAUAUCCACCCCCUCAUAUUUUUGGUCCACACCUUUUCACUCAACAUAACCAAACUGCCUUCAGCACUUCUACAAACCCACUCUUCCUUGAGGAACUUUAAUCUCUUUCUCCUGAUGUUUAUGGAGAAGUCCUUGAACGUUGAGGUGGUUCAGAGGGUAAGAAAGAAAGGGGAAAGAGAAAGAAAGGGGAAUAGAUAUAUGCACACAUACCAUUUUUUCUCUCCAUAGACAUGUAC